AUGGUCAAGAAGCGCACGCUGUCACCGCUACCGGUCUUCGACCAAAGCGCGCUACCUCAAUUUCUUAAAACUCAUAACAUCAAAGAGUUGCAUGCGCUAACAAUCUGGCACUUUUUAGCGCAAAACCCGGACUCGUUAUUCGUUGACAUUCCAGGUAUUCCCAAGGCUCUUCGUGCAUUAUUGGGAGAGCACUUUACGCCCUUCACAACGUCUGUGACCGAUGUACAACGGUCCCAUGACGGUACAAUCAAGCUCUUGUUAAAAUUGCAAGACGGUCAUAAGAUCGAGGCCGUCAUAAUGCGCCACACGGGACGCAACACGCUCUGCGUCAGCUCACAGGUAGGUUGUCAAAUGGGCUGCACAUUCUGCGCCACAGGCACGCUCGGUAUCAUUGCAGAUCUGUGCAGUGGCGAAAUUCUUGAGCAGCUCGCGCACGCCAACCGUAUAGCACCCAUCCGUAACGUGGUUUUUAUGGGUAUGGGCGAGCCGCUUAAUAAUUAUGACGCCGUCCUGGCCGCUAUUCGCGCCAUGACAAAAGUCUUUGGUCUCGCACCUAAGUACAUCACCUUGUCUACGGUUGGCGUGAUCCACCGCAUUCGACAGCUCUCGCAUGACGCACCACUCGUGCGUUUGGCACUGUCCUUGCAUGCACCGACACAAGAGAUGCGGAGUCAAAUCGUACCCACAUCUACAGCCUAUCCUUUAGAUAAGCUCAUGACGGCUAUUGACGAGCAUCUUGCGAUGAAGGAAGGACGGUUAGUGAUGGUGGAAUACUGUAUGCUGGCGGGUGUAAAUGAUUCGAUUGAGACUGCACACAUUCUGGGCAAGCUGCUACAGGACCGCAAAGUACACGUGAAUCUGAUCCCGUACAAUACGACGGAUGUCGGUGACCAGUUUCACUCGCCUUCGCCGAGCGAAAUUCGUGCUUUUCAUGCUGUGCUGCGCAAUAUGUACAAUCUUAAAGCUACAAUCCGCAAAAAUCAUGGGACAGACAUUGAUGGAGCUUGCGGACAGUUGGCACUUAAAAACAAGCUUGAUGGCAGCAGUGAAAUUGAGGAUCUUGGAUACCAAAAACUGACCAAGACUCCGCGAAAAAAUAAGAGCUUGUUAUCAAAGGAUAUCGACCAUGGUGACGAAUCUAUUGUUGCGACUCCUACUCAAUCUUGGUUUGCUCGUGCCAGUGACUUCAUCGAUGACUACCAGCAAGCAAUUGGAUUGACUUUACUCGGAGCUUCAAUUGCUGUGUUUGCGAUUGGAAUAACUCGUCGAGUACGCACUCGCGCGGUUUGA